AAAUAGGAUAGUUAAGAAGCUGAGGAAUUUUCCUGCGUGUAACGUUACACAAAAUAUUCUUAAAUCAUAGCUACCUCUAAUUUCUUKGAGUCGAGUUAAAAUGCAUAUUGAAUGUUGUAACGUUAUCAUAAACCGUUUACUGUCACUGUGUAAAAUAAUACCACUCGCUUGGGCUGGCUAGCACAUAAUUUUCUGACAGAGAAGGUACAGGGGUACAAUCAUUAGUACACAGUUUCAUUUUGCAACAGAAACGAGUUUAUUUUCGACAAAUUCGCGUAUGUCGUUCAGUUUAAAAAACGUUUUGCAACAGAAUCGGCGUAAUGAAUACGCCCCAGUUGUUUCGCUAUCAUUGAAUCUUGUGGAAUUAAGUAUUUUCUCCACAUUUUCGCUCGUAUUGGAUACGUUCCCGAAUGCGUAUAUUUUCACUUCACGAGGGUUUGCAUGGCCUUGAUUGCCACAGAUUCGUUCAUAUUUUCAACGGGCCUAGCUCGCUAUUUGUGUUGCGGUUAACACUAUUUCAGGGUUUAAAGAAUGCCACGGUUUAUCUCGGAGUAAUCUCUUUCACGGCAAAACUCAGACUGAAAGAAAGCAUACAGGAAGAUAUCUGAACGUACCAUUUUGAUGAUUACGUACACGCAAGGGGCGGGGACUUUUACGUUCGAACUGCGCGGCGCGAGUGUUGUGUGUGCUAGCUAGGUGUAAACAUGAUUCGAUAAUUAUUCGAACUGCAAUGAAUAAUAUACGUACUAAUGUAACAAAUCCUCAAUAACUUUAAGGGUUUUCUUCAAAAAUGCCUAUUCGUGCCUARUGUACCAUCUGUUCAGAUUUCUUCGAUCACUCAAGAGAUGUGGCUGCCAUCCACUGUGGGCACACCUUCCACUAUGAAUGUCUUCUUCAGUGGUUUCAGACUGCCCCCAACAAGACAUGUCCACAAUGUAGAAAACAGGUUAGCACCAGACACAUUAUCAACAAGUUGUUCUUUGACAUUGGUGGUGAAGGAGAGGGAUCCUCUGCAGAUCCAGAGUGUUUGCAGAACGAGCUUGAUAGAAUGAAAGCUGUUUUAAGUACCAAAGAGAGAGACUGGAGGGACAGACUGAAUAUGGUAGAGGGCUUGAAGGAGACUGUGGACAGGCAGAAGAAAGAACUGGACAGUGUUAGGAAGGAGACUGGCGAGAAAGAGAUGCUCUGCUCAGUUCUCAGGAAACAGAUGAAAUACCUGGAGAACCAGCAGAGUGAGACUCAGGCUGCUAAGGAGGAGGCCCGACGACUCAGGACCAAAAUGAAAACAUAUGAGAGUCUGGAUGUGGUGUUACAGGGUCAGAGGGCUGAGGUGGAUUCCAUGAUCAGUGACAUGGGUGUUGGCCAGGCUGCCGUGGAGCAGCUCUCCAUCUACUGCAUCUCUCUCAAGAAAGAGUAUGAAAACCUAAAAGGGAGCCUCCGAUAUUCAAAUGAAAUGUCUGAAAAGCUCAAAAGGGAGGUGUUUGCUUCAAACAACAAGUUGCAGAAAGCCACAAUGGAGAUGAACAGGACCAAUGAUGACAUGAAAGCUGUCCAAAAUGACUUGACCAACGCAGACAAAGAGAUCACUAGUCUGAAGAAAAAAGUUGAGAUUCUUCAAAAGACCCUGAGCACACCAACCCGCACUAACGAAGCCUUGAGCCGACUAGUCUUCGAGAGCCCUGCCCCAGUGGAGCUGCAACAGCCCCGUCUCCACCAGCCUGCCAACAGUGAGGACAUUGACCUUAACAUGACCUUUGACAUCACCACACCUGACCUGGUGGAUAAGAGGGCAUCACAGGUCCCAUCCAAAAAGAUGCGUCUGGAUCCAGCCACGUUGUCGUCCUCGCCAACCAAACACCGUGACAGCGCCUUGUUUGGAAGCAAGGCCAGAGAGGAGGCAGCGCCAAUGGGUACAUUCUUCCGUAAUUCCAUUCUGUUCAGGAAGAAGACCUUUGGCAGCAUGCUGGACCCCCAGAGGAGUAAACUGGGAGCUGUCAGAAGUGGUUAUGAUGGACUUGGAGGGAGAACCAAAUUCUUCCAACCUUCUCCUUUGUCAGAUAUUCGCCCGCUCAUGAUGAAGGCAAAGAGAAAAAAGGUUUCCCGACCAGCUCCUCCCAAGAUCUCCACCUGUCUUACUCUGGACAGUUAUCUGGAGUGACCUAUGACCUGCCCAUCCCUGACUAAUACAGACGUGUCAGAUGCACCUCUGACACUAGGGGCCAGCCGGUCUGGAACAAUAGAGA